GCAUGUCAAAUUUUGAACGCUUAUCAUGGUGAUGCCAUGAUGAAAAGAUGCUGAUGCCAUGGUGCCGUGUGGCAGGCUGUUGGUUCCUUGUCAGAGCUGCCACUCUGGGGGACUACUUUGAUAGCUUCCGUGACGAGUAUGGAUACACGGGUGGAUACAUGGGCGGAUACAGUGGCUUCGGAGACUACAAGAGAGGAGGUAGCUAUGACGAUGAUUUUGGCAGUCCCUACGGCACUUUUGGCGGGGGCAUUGGACAAGCCGAUCGCAAGGAGUUAGGCAAGGAUGACUGCUCGCGCAUUGAAGCCGACGGGAUUCCACUGGCCGAGUUGUUGCGAGAGGCUGCAGAGAACCUUCCGCAGAACCUUUCAGAAAUUCCAAUGCAGGUGCAGGAGCUGGUGGGCUUCUUCUCGGGGCAGGAUCAUCGGCGCUUCUUGAUGAGCCACUGCCCGCAAGCGGUCGCGCUGGCCGUUUUGCUGCAGGCAGAAGCUGAGGCCGCCUCAGUGCCUGCACCUGGGCAGGUGACAGGCCUGGCCGAAGGUCCUCUGAAGCGAGCAGUCCUUGAGCUCGCCGACAUGCUUCAAGCAGCGCCGACACUAAGAGGCCCCUUCAAGGCUCCACCAGUUUGGACGGGAGAGCCGUGGGGUGCUGCAUUGAGCGCUGCACAGCGGCGCACUGGAGUUGUGUUAUUCCCCAUAGGCGAACAGCAAUUUCACGUCGACUUUGUGCCCGCAACCAAUUGGUCGAUUUGGGCCAAUCGUCGCUGUAGAGGUCGCCGAGAUUUGGGAAAUCUGCAGGCAGCUUGUCUUCAGGUUGGAUCAACUCAAGACUCGGAAUCUCAACGCACGCUUGGAUGGGUGUCUCAGUCAGCAACGUUUUGGCAUUGGCAGCCUGGAGGGAUGGGCUUUGAUCAGCGUUGCUUCCUGUCUUCCUCAUGCACCUCGCAGCUUUCGACUGAUGAAGGUGCUGAGGGGGCCUUUCUCUUUGAGAAGCUUGCCGUGCUGACACCUGGUGAGAAAGAGAUUGUGCAAGACACGUUAAGAUCUGCUGGGGCUGCAUGGGCACCCCGGGCUGGCCACAGACUCUUGGCAGCCCCUGCUGAAACCGGUGUCCGCCUCUGGCUGAUGGGCGGCGUUGGCGUGGAUCCCUUCGAUAAUGCCACGCAAGAGGAGAAGAAAAGUCCCUCCCCUCCGUCCAAUCAGGACAAGAGGGCCAGGAAGAAGGGCGGCAAAGGCGGCAAAGGAUCUGUGGCCCGAGAUCCCAAGAGUCAGAGGCGAAACCAUACUGGCAUGCUCAACGUGGUUCAGGCUUACUUGUCUCGUCAUGUUGAGUUGAGCGGAGAAUUGCCUCCUCUCCGUUCCUUGCCUUAUGGCCGGCUGGGCGAUAUUUGGUGCAGCGACGAUGAAGGUAGCAGCUGGACCUUGGUGCAGCAAUCGGCUCCCUGGGGCCCCAGGGCGUACUUUGGCGCUGUCGCAGCGGGCCGUGGGCUGCUGGUGUUCGGCGGCAUCAUAACUCAGGCCGUUCAGAACGCGAGUCAGGAUUCGCUUGCGAGAGCCUAUGUGAAUGAUGUGUGGUAUACUGAUCUACAGAACCUUGCUUGGCAAGAGCUUCCCAGAGCACGCUGGGAAGCCCGCGCCGCGUUUCAGGCUCUCACAUGGCAGCCUUCAGGCCAUGAGGAAGUGAUCCUUCUUGGAGGCCGCCUGGAUGACGGCACGCUCAAGAAUGAUGUUUGGGCACUGUUAUUGGAUGUCGACAGGCUGACAUCUUCAGAGUGGAGGUUAGUCACAGCUUCCGCUGCCUGGUCUGCUCGGUCUGAUUUCGCGGCCACCUCCACCAGCGAACCUCGUCUUUGGGUGCUUGGUGGCACUGACCAGGCCGGGCGUGCGCUGGCAGAUGUCUGGUUCAGUGGUGAUGGAGUGGCCUGGACCCAGGCGCGAGCUGUGAGUGCCUGGGGCCCACGCAUCGGAGCCACUGCGGUGACGCUGCGGGUUGAGGCCUCCCAGGUCAUCCUACUCUUUGGCGGCUACUCUUAUCCGGAUGAGGGCUUUGGUCCACUGCUCGGGAACACAUCGGAUGUGUGGAAGGAGCCGGCCUGGCUCUCAGCCGAUGGCCAGAGCUGGUGGCCCCUGGAGCCAGACCGUCUGGCAUGGACGCAAGGGACCAUGCAUGCAGCCGUGGCGGCGGCACCAUGCGAUGCGCGGCAACCGGAGGGAGGUUGGGCGUGCGGCUACGUGACUGGUGGGCUCUCUGACGAGGGCUACUAUGACAACACUGUGCGACGCCUUCGCUUGGGCGCAAGAGAGGCUGCGUUGCUUGACUCCGGCGUUGCUCCAGGUCCACAAUCACCUCCAGAUGCAGAUGCGGCCGACGCAGCAGAUGCGUCUCUGGCAGCUUCUGCCUUGCCAGCUGGGGUGGGCAGGACCGAGAAGGCUCUUUGGUCGCUUGGCGUCGUUGCCUUCGUGGUGCUCGCCGGCAUCUCGGACAGCUACCGGAAGAAGAUUGCGGAAGCUGAUCCUAGCCUGCGAGGGUUGGUGGACACGCUGCGCAGAAUGCUGCUUGUGCUUUUCAUGAUGGCACUGGUCACUGGUGCCGCACUGUCACGGCUUUCAGACCAGAUUGCCAUGCUUCAGCCAGAGUCAUCCAAAUGCCAGAUAGACUCCAGCGAGCUUUGGCACAAACUUGGCUUGGCUGAGCAGUCCGCACGCUGGGAUCAGUUCGAGAUUCUGCUACGACUGGCUGCCCGGGAGUCGCAGUAUGGCUACGGAUUCGGCUACGGAGGAAAGGCAAGUGACUUGUAUGGCGGCCAUGACCGAGGUAGUAACUUCCCCUACCCGUAUGGCCAUGCGGAUGCUGUGGCUGAUGUGGGUCCUGGUGAUACGAGGACGGCCAAGGAGCCAAACCUCAAGAAGGAGCUCAGCGCACUUCCCACCAUUCAGUCUGUGUCCUGUCGCACCCCGAAGUGUGACCGGAAUGCGAGCUGUUUGAGUUCAUCAACAAGGUCGCUGACAACUCCGUAUGGAUGCUGCAGCGACUACAUGAUGGUCAUGCUCAAUGAUGUUACCCGCUGGCUACAACAAGAGAACAUUCCGUACUUCAUCACCUACGGGACGUUGCUGGGUGCAGUAAGGGAGCACGACAUCCUACCAUGGACGCAGGACAUGGACAUUGUGGUUGACCGCUCACACUGGCCACAGCUACAGCGAGGUUUGGAGGCGGCUGAGUUCUUCGGCGGGCGCCGCUAUCUCUUCGGGGUUGAUCAAUGGGAGGAGAAGGUCUCUCGGGUUUGUGCCGAUUGGGAGGGCUUUGCAACUUCCAUCAUCGGCGGGCAAGAAGGUGACCGCUUUAGCCGACCCACUGACUUCCACUUAGACGUCUAUGCCAGCGACUGGUGGCAAAUCACAGAUCUUCACCUAGCAGACUGUGUGGAGCCUCUGGGCACGCUGGAGAUCCGGGGCCAGAACUUCUCAGCGCCGGCGCGGCCGCGAGCGUGUGUGGAGAAGCUCUACGGGAUGGAGUGGCGGAUACCCAAGAAGGCACUCGCGGGUGUCAACUGAGUGGCAUUGUUGGAAUUCUUUAGCAUUGAGUCUUGAUCCAUUGUACAGCAAGCAUUGGCCUCAAC